AUGGAGAACAACCCCAAGAGAACGUUUAAAGUUGACAGUCACCUUGCUCACUUCGACAUACCUAUUCGUGACUUCUUUGCUUUGAAACCUGGCCAUAAUGCUUUUAUCAUCGGCGCAUUCAUAUUUUCCUCGGGGAAAACCGCGACUAUGACUGGCGGUGACGAGACCAAGGAGUUUCCACGCGCCAUGCUGCUUCAGAGAGCCAUGUCUGACUCCCUAGGCGGUCUAUGGGAAGGCCCAGGUGGUUCCUGCGACGACACGGACGCAACGGUGUUUGACAGUGUGGUGCGAGAAGUCUACGAAGAGACCGGCCUGCAUGUCUCUCGCAUACGAGAGCUCGUUGCCAUCGACGAGUGGGACACGGUCAAGGACGAGCAAAGGAUCAGGGCCAUCAAGUUCUCCUUCUGGGUCGAGGUCCACGAGGCAAACGACGUGCCGGGGAACGAUCUCUUCGCCCCAGACUGGGAGCAUCGAAUCAACCUGAAUCCAAACGAACAUGAGCAGUAUCUAUGGGUGACGAUGGCAGACGUCCACAGCUAUCUCGGCGGCCAGCAGGAGGUCAAGUUCACCUUUCCAUCUACCGGAAAUAACUAUCUCGCGGCCUUUGCUACAGUCUCUCCCCAGUCAUAG